AUGGCGACCCAACUCGAUUUCACCACCUUUCACAAUGUCAUCAAUGGAAAACUGACCUCUACGAAGGAAACUCGCCAUAACAUUAACCCUGCAACUGGCGAGGCAAAUGCGGAGGUCUCAGUAUCGACCGCCGAGGAUGUAGAUGCCGCUGUUGCUGCAGCUCAAGAGGCCUUCAAAUCUUGGUCCAAGACAUCGCAUGACGAGCGUGAGAAGGCUCUUCUUGCCUAUGCGGACGCCAUCGAGGCGCAUGCAGGGCAAUUCCAGGACCUCUUGGUGCUCGAACAAGGAAAACCAAAACAACUUGCAAGCUUUGAAGUUGUCACGGCCGUUUCGUCAAUCCGUGCCAAUGCUAAACUUGAACUGAAACCAGUUGUUCUUGAGGACACCCCGGAGAAGAAGGCUAUCCAGCGCUUCACACCUCUCGGUGUUGCUGUCGGAAUUGUUCCCUGGAACUUCCCCCUGAUGAUCGCUGCCCUCAAAAUAGGCCCUGCAGUUAUUACUGGAAACACGAUCAUUAUCAAACCUUCUCCAUUCACCCCAUAUACCGAUAUCAAGGUUGUCGAGCUUGCACAGCAGUUCUUCCCACCAGGCGUUAUUCAGAUCCUCAGCGGCGAUGACUCGUUGGGCCCAAUGCUGACUGAGCACCCAGGACCAGCCAAAAUCAGCUUUACUGGCUCGUCGUUUACUGGGAAGAAGGUCAUGGCGAGUGCCAGCAAGACAUUGAAGAGAGUUACUCUGGAGCUUGGCGGAAAUGACCCUGCCAUCAUUUGCGAGGAUGUUGACAUUGAGCAAGUUGUCCCAAAAAUCGCAUUUGCUGCCUUCAUCAACUCCGGUCAAGUCUGUGUGGCCAUCAAACGUAUCUUCGUCCAUGAAUCGAUCCACGAGAAAUUCCGUGACGCUCUUGUCCGUGCCGUCAAGGACUUUAAAUUAGGAGAUGGAAACGAAGAAGGUGUCACUCAUGGCCCCAUCCAGAACUCUAUGCAAUUCGAGAAGGUUAAGGACCUAUUCGCCGAAAUCGAAAAGGAGAAAUGGUCCGUUGCCACCGGCGGACGAACGGAUCUCGGUCGACCAGGCUACUUUAUUGAGCCGACAAUUAUCGAUAGGCCACCUAUCGAUUCACGGAUUGUUACAGAGGAACCAUUUGGCCCUAUCGUCCCCAUCGUAACAUGGAAUGACGAAGCAUCCGUCAUCAAGGAAGCAAACAAUACCAAGAUGGGCUUGGGUGCCUCUGUCUGGACCAAGGAUUUGGACAGAGCCCAGCGUAUUGCUGAACAGCUUGAAGCUGGUUGCGUGUGGAUCAACAAUCAUCUUGAACCAAGCGUCAAUUCGUCAUUUGGAGGACAUAAGGAGAGUGGUAUUGGUUAUGAGGGAGGAUUGGGCGGCUUGAUGGGUUAUUGCAAUGCGCAAUCUAUCCAUAUUAAGAAACAAUGA